AAACAGACAUUCUCCGCCAGGCAUUCGCUCACCUCACACAAAUAUUCGUUUGCAAUAGUUCGAUUCCCGUCUCAAUGAAGACUACAAAAAUCCAAAGUAUUUCCUCGAUGCAGUCGCAAAGGUCAAACUCUUGCUCCUCUGGGGUGUCGCAGGUGCGCGACCUCAUCCAAGAGCUGAUGGGCCCCCGCACAGUCUUGAUCCGGAAGAUCGCCUGGACCCAAAUGUUGCCCGUGACCCGAGAUGAAUACGGAGGCUACAGCGACGACUGGUGGCCGGACUACACGAUAUACUCGCAGUCCCAUGCCAUCACAGAUAUGAACGGUUUGCUGGUCUACACUCAGGACGCUCUUAAGGGCAUGCCAAAUGACCUAGAGCUAAUCUACGCAAAGUUUCAGUCUACGUAUAAAAAAUCGAAGCUCAACACACGGGUCAGGCGCAAUCGGAACCGCGUUAUCAACGGCCUCAUCAAGGACAUUAUUAUCUUCGUCACAAACGUGGGUCGCCAAUGCCGGAAGAUGCUCGACAAGCGUCGGGCCUACUACGAGCAGGCCAGUUUGUCCAAGGACACCAUCGAUCGCGUACAGCUGAAGAUCUUUGACGAGCAGAGCUUCAUCCAGCUGCAGACCAGUAUGCGAAGCCUGGAGGGGUUCCUGAAGGACUUUAACUCCCUGUUCGUCACAGAGGCGGAAGCUGAGUUCGAUGCCGAGGCUGCGGCUGAGCAAAAGAAAGGGCUGCCGCAAGGCUCGCUCCCGCCUCCACCUCCGCCACAGGGCAAAGCCAAGGCACGGCGUUAAGCCCCCCGAUCAGGAAGUCAUCUUGUCGCUUAUUCCCAAGCCAUUGCCAUCGCCAUCGCCAUAGCCAUCGUUUCUAUUGUACGGCUCAGACACACAUAACAGACGCGGGACAGGGACAGGGACAGAGACAGGAACAGGGACCCAAGCAGCGGUAAUAAAGAGUUCGCCCCCAGUGUAUUGGAGUAUCUGGGAAAGCUUUUCAUGCUUCAAAGUCAA